CUGAAUUUGAUCCGAGUCUUUUACCUCUUCCAUCAUCAUCAACUAAACAAGCUACACAACGUCUUUAUCGAGAAUUGAGAUUAAUUGUACAUAAACAGGACACUUCUUCUAACGAUUUAGGUUUUUUUGUAAAGCUUGACCAACUGCAUUCUAUCUAUCAGUGGGUUGUGCAGCUUAAAAAUUUUGACCCCUCUAUUCCCUUGGCCCAAGAUAUGGCACGACAUAAUGUGGAAAGCAUUGAACUUGAAGUUCGUUUUGCUCCUGAUUAUCCAAAUUUGCCUCCUUAUAUUCGUGUCUUACGACCAAGGCUUCUGAGGUUUAUGCAUGGUGGUGGUGGCCAUGUGACAGCAGGUGGUUCCGUUUGUAUGGAAUUAUUAACAUUGGGUAAUUCUCAUGAUCGAGGCUGGUAUCCAGAAUAUACUAUGGAGGCUGUAUUGUUACAGGUGAAAUUAGCGUUGAGUUCUUUGAAUCCACCAGCCAGACUUGAUAAUGAUUGGCGAAGAGACUACAAUGCGUGA